CCGUCGGCACUUCAGACAAGAAGCUCAAUCGGACAAGAACACUGCAAGGAAUUGUGUUAAGAAGCCAAUUUGUUUUCACAGUAAGGUGUGUGAAUGAGGAAAGGAUGACUAAACAAGAGUUUGAUUUCGAGUCCACUGAGAAGGAAGAAAAGGAAAGCGGGGGUAUUUUCCUGACAACGUUCCAACUCGUGUUCAUCGGCAUCACGGCAGCCUGCGUGAUAACAGCUGUAGGAUGUAUGUGUGCCUUGUUGCCAGACCGAUCUUGUGAGGUCCGAACAACCGAGCCUCCAGAGGAGCCCAUGACUACGACGCCGAGGAUGACCCCAGAGCGAACAGAACCACCCGUUACGGAACCACGCCGAACAACAGAAGGGGACAUUACGACGAUAGCCCCGACCGUAGAGCCGUGGAAUGGGCGAUUAUCGUACGAUCUCAUCCCGGAUUCCUACGAUCUUUACCUUAGACCAUACCUCUAUCCAGAAGAUGGCGGAGAAGACAAAAUAUUCACGUUUGAUGGAAGAGUUACAAUACACUUCAGAUGUGAUGUACCAACCAACGUUAUCACACUUCAUUUACUAGAUAUAGAACUCGGUGUCUACACUUUGAGAGAUUACAACGGAAAUUAUAUUACUAUCAGUAGCCAUUCGCUUGAAGAGAAGUACGAAUUCGUUCAUUUCAAUCUUGCCAAUGAUCUUGAAGCGGAUUCAGAUUAUGUCUUAUAUAUCGAAUACCUCGGCCAACUGAGAGCGGGACUGUCGGGAUUCUACCGUAGCAGUUACCAGGAAGGAAAUGAAAUAAGAUGGCUAGCCACAACCCAGAUGCAGCCUACCAGUGCUCGUCAAGCUCUCCCAUGUUUCGACGAACCCGACUUCAAGGCCGUCUUCCGAACUGAGAUUGAACACCGUGACGACAUGGUUGCCCUCUCCAACGGCAUGGAAACGAGAACGAACGAGAGCGAGAUCGAAGGAUGGACGAUCUCCAGAUAUCUACCAACGCCCAAGAUGUCGACUUACCUCCUGGCUUUCGUUGUUGGUUACUUCGAUAAGCUGGAAACAUGGACGGACAAUGGUAUUCUGUUACGAGUAUGGUCGCGUCCGGAGGCUGUCAAUAAUACGCAAUACUCACUGGACAUCGGGUCUAACCUCACCACAUACUUCGAAGAGUACUUUAAUAUAUCUUUCCCGCUUGCAAAACAAGACAUGAUCGCGGUACCAGACUUUUCGGCAGGUGCCAUGGAAAACUGGGGUCUCAUCAUCUACCGGGAAACAAACCUGCUCUACGAUAGCGCAGUCAACUCGGCAAGUAACAAACAACGUGUUGCCGAGGUGGUCUCACAUGAACUUGCUCAUAUGUGGUUUGGUAACCUGGUCACGUGCGUAUGGUGGGAUGAUCUGUGGCUUAACGAAGGUUUCGCCACCUAUGUGGAGGGCUCCAUCGGUGUGAACCAUGCUGAACCUUCUUGGUUAAUGAGAGAGCAAUUUGUUACUAUAGAUCUGCAGUCAGUUUUUGAACCGGAUGCACUUGGUACAUCACAUCCGGUGCAGGUGCCUGUCAACCAUCCAGAUGAAAUCAACGAAAUAUUUGAUUCAAUUUCAUAUAGCAAGGGUGCAUCGAUCAACCGUAUGUUAAACAACAUCCUUGGGGAAGACGUCUACACAAGUGGAGUGAACAAGUAUCUCCAAACUCACAGGGAAGAUAAUGCCAAAACAGAUGAUCUAUGGAACGCUUUAACAGAGGCGGAUAAAAAUAUUGGUGAUAAUGAUGUUAAAAAGAUAAUGGACACUUGGACUCUUCAGAUGGGUUACCCAGUGGUCAAUGUCCGACGCCUCAACGACACUCAUUUCAAUGCUUCCCAGGAACACUUUCUUAUCAACCCUGAUGCUGGGGUCGAUGAUAGAUACACCGAUCUGGGAUACCAAUGGUAUGUUUACCUCACCUACACUCAGCAGACGGACCCUGAUUUCGAUACACCUUUGAAUAUCUGGAUGGAACCAAACAUGACAACCCUUGUACCUGUUUCACCUUUUAUGGUUGCUGAUGAUUGGUUUCUUGUAAACAUUAAGCAGUAUGGUUAUUAUCGAGUAAAUUAUGACGAUGACAAUUGGGCUCGCCUCAGCCAACAGUUAAUGGAUGACCAUACGGCACUCCCGACAGAGAACCGUGCCCAGCUCAUCAAUGAUGCCUUCACCUUGGCCCGGGUGGGACGCGUGGAUUACCCCACUGCUCUUGAUCUAACUCUUUACAUGGAGCAGGAGGAGGGCUACGUACCUUGGGAAGCAACCCUUGGGGCCAUCUCAUACAUCAGAGAUAUGUUUAGCAGAUACUAUGGUUAUGGACCAUUAGAGAGAUAUAUGCGUGAUAAGGUUCAAGCAUUAUACGAUAGUCUCGGAUGGACUGAUGAUCCAGAAAACGAUCUGCAUCUUGAUCAAUUUAACCGAGAAAAUGCAAUUGCUACGUCAUGUAGAUAUCGCAACCAAGAUUGCUUGGACACGGCCUCUGCACUGUUCUCUCAAUACAUGACAGAUGAUGCAAACAAUGUGGACAACGAACCAGAUUACAUAAUUAACCCCAUCUCCCCGAACUUGAAGAGCGUGGUAUACAGAUACGGUAUCCAAGAAGGGGGGCAGGUGGAAUGGGAGUUUGGCUGGAGAAAGUAUCAAGAAACCACGGAUCCCUCAGAGAAAAUCAAAUGGCUUGUGGCUCUUUCCUACUCUCAGGCACCCUGGAUUCUAAGCAGAUAUCUGGAUUACUCCUUAGAUAGUGAUCUUGUGCGUAGUCAAGAUUCAUCUACAGUCAUUGUCACUGUGUCAAGGAACUACAUAGGACGUUCAAUUGCUUGGGAUUAUCUGCGGUCAAACUGGGAUACCUACUUGAAUUAUUAUCGUACAAGUCCAAGUAGUUUAGGUUAUAUUGUCUCUGAGGUUACAGAAGAUUUCAAUACUGAACUGGAACUUGAAGAGGUUAUUGCUUUCAGAGAAGGCAAGGAUCUUGGUCCAGCUACACGUGCAUAUGAGCAGGCGAUAGAGGUUAUCAACACAAACAUCGCAUGGAUGAAAAGCAGUGCAACUAUAGUAGCAGAAUGGUUUGAAGAUGCAGCUCCUCCUAUAGGAGAAUAAACAGGCUAGAGAGCAAGCGCCCUCAUUGUCUUCUUUCUGCCAAUCAUCAUCUUCGUCUCCUCUCUUUCUUUCUCUCUUCCCUUUCUCACUGCUUCUUUAAAGGGGUAUUCCAGGCUGAAAUUCAUCCAGCAAAAUGCUGCAAAUUUCAUUAAAAUCUGAUAUGAUAUAAUGAAGAACUUGGAUUUUAAAGUUUAGCGAUAUUUUGUGAAAACAGUUACAUGCACCACGUCAUGAAUAUUCAUUAGGAGGGGUGAUGAUGCCAUAUCCCCACUUUCCUUUUUAUGUUAUGAAAUCAAAAUUACUUCAUAGUUUCAUACAUGUGUGCAUAAUAUAUCUCCCUUGUGACAAAAUAAGUUGCAUAUAUGAAUAUAUUAAACAUUAAAUCAGUUGUCAAUCAAAUUCUUUCAUUCUUGUUGACAAUAUUUGAAUAAAUGUAAUAUUAUAUAAUAAAAUACAGAAUUAGUGGGGAUAUGACAUCAACUGCUAGCUCAUUGGAUAUUUAUAAAAACAUGCUUAGAACUUUUUCACCAAACUAAUGCUAAGCUUUAAAAUGUCAUAACUCUGAUAAUUCCUUGUCCGAUUUCGAUGAAAUUUGCUGAAUUUUGCUUGUCGGAUUUUACAUAAUCUGUUCAAAUCAUACUAUUUUCAUCAUGGAGUACCCUGUAAUAAUCACGAUUGAACUGAUACACUACACAGUGAUUGAUAAUUCAAAAAAAAUAUUCAACAAAAACAUUUUUUUUUGCAUUAAAACUAUUUUUGUGAAUUAUCUAAAAUUAUCAAUUCAUAUUGAUAUUGGUAUCUUUCAGUUCAACUUCAAAUUGGCCUUGAAGUAUAGCCCAUUCAUAGGCUAAGUGUUUUCAUGUGUAUAGGCUUUUUGUGAUCAAUCAAAUUGUGCUUGUGGAAGUGUCGUGGUGUAGCGGUUCUGACUCUCGCCUUGUAAUCAGAGGGUCGUAUGUUCGAAUCCCACCAUGGCCUAGCUUCCAUUGGUAAGGCGUCAAUCCACAAUUUGCUACUCUCCACCAAAGUGUUUAAUGGGUACCCGGUAGGAUGCGAAAGCCUACGUAGUAUGCCUAGCAAUUGAGUCUUGGAACUCUUGUUGGAAUGCUCCCCAGGGAGUUGAGAAGGUGCAUGCGUUGUAUGCCGGCAUGCAAGGAUCCGAUGCCCGGGGUUAAUACUAUAUCUGUAAAGCGCUUAGAAACGUUGUUCCGAUGUAUUAAGAGCUAUAUUAAUGCGGAAUAUCAUUAAAAUUAUUACUUUGCAAAUUAUUGUUAUCACGCAUCCAUCAAAGAAAGGAUUGGAAUGCUUUAAAAUAAAUUUUUGUUUUCUUACUGUGAUGUACUCUAAUUUCCGUAGCCCUUUAAAAAGGCUUUGUGAUAAUAAUACUACUCUUGUUUUUGUAUAUAUACAUGUAGUGCAAAUUACAAUGAAGUCUCUUAGUACUGAAAUAGACAUGCAAAUAAGUUUUAAAAAAUCAAUUCUUUUUCUGAAUUUGUUCAAUUUGUUACAGCAAAACAUAUGAAGUAGCCCCAUGGUCACUCUGGACUAUGGGAAAAAAAAGAGCAAAUAGUUUACAAUUGGUCACAUAUAAAGUAGUAAUAUUAAAUGCAGGUUUUGAGACAUUUGUUUUGUGUAUACUGCAGAAGGUGUGGAAGGCAUAACAGGGAAUUUACAACUAUAAAACUAAAAGAGCGUCCCUCUUGUUCAAAACUUAUAUACGAUGUUAUUUUAUCACUUAUGGGUUUAAAAUAUAUCAUCAUAUGCUUUAAACUUUUGCCUAAAAAUGUACCAUUGCUUAAAAUGACUGUACAAUAUUGACUUUUUAGCACCUUUUUUUUCUUUGACAUUUCUUAUACAAUUAUGUUCAUGUGGGAUCAACUUAUCAUUAACUCCUCGUUCACCAAUCCACGAUUACGUACCAAAAAGUGUGUGUAUCAUAUUAGCUUUGUAAGUACUAUUUUCCCUUCUUUUCUGUUUCAUCUAAAUACAAGGUAACUAACAUUUCACAUUCCUUAGAAAAUAAGGAUGUUUUUUCUUCAUUAACAAUUGACAGUGUUAAGUUCAUAUCUUAACUAGUUCGCAGAAGCAAUUUAAGUUAUAAACAACAUUCCACCUGUGUGUAGUAUAUGAAAUCCAAUUUACAUGUAUCACAUAUUACUGUAGAGAUAGCUCACUAAAAGAGAAGUUAUUUAAGUGAUUUGACAAAGGAAGACAUGAACAAAGAAUUGCAAUAGCUAUGUCUAUGUAAUUAAAUGUAUCAUAGUAGUAUCAUAAUGAUUAUUGUACAACGCCUACUUAGCUUGUUGUACGCGAGCAAAUGGGAGGCUGAAUGUCAAACAUUCGUACCGUUGCACAAAAGACGUACCAUCCAAAAUGUACCGUCCAAAAUGUACCGUCCAAAAUGUACCGUUGCACGGCUUUAGGAGGUGACGUCACAAUACGGUUUAAAUCAUUGCGCUCAGUAAAAAUGAACAAUACGCGUAUUUAUAAGCCAGCUGGCUAAAUGCGCAAGGCCCAAAGUCGAGUCAUGUGCGCUUGUGGGAUUUUGCUUUCUGCUUUCGGCAUUUUUGCUCCCUUUUCAUAGAUUACUAUAGGGAUAAACUCUUGUUUUUUCAUAUUUUCGCUCAAUUCCGAGGCGUUGUACAACACAAAUAGCGAAUAUUCUUAUUCGUGCAAUGGUGCGAGAUUUUGCAUUCGGUGAAAGAAAGAAACGCUCUAUUCAACUCGGCUAACGCCUCGUUGAAUAGAGCAUCUUUCUUUCACCUCAUGCAAAAUCUCGCACCAUCGCACUCAUGCCUAUUCGCUAUUUGUAUACUAUCACUGAAAUAGUCUUAUUCUGAAUUAAAAAUUUCAAUCUACUUUGUUUUAGCAUAUGAAUUAUUUAUUUCUUACCAAUUUGUUUAAAGGGUUAGGUUGAUUAAGUAUUCACCAUUUGAACAGCAUUUUGUCUCUCUGUACUACGCAAUGCAAUGGAAAUGACUACAGAAAAAUCUCGCUAACAAUUUGGCUAAUAAAUUCAAAAGUAGAUUCUGCAAUGAAAACCUGAAAAUUGUUAUGAACUAUUUAUUGUGAAUGGUUAUUAUAAUGAAUACUGUGUAUGUUUAUGUAUUGUCCUACCUGUAUUCAACAAUAUUACACUAGGUAUGUGAAAAUACAUCUUCUUUAGUAAUUCUAACUGAAAUAUUUCCUUGAUACAUAUUAGUGUAAAAUUUUCAAUAUAUGGAAUAUUGUAAAAUAGUAAAGUUUUGUGAUUACAAGUCAAUUAUUUUUCUUGAGAGUUUGCAUUGAUUGUAUGAAUUACAAUGGAUGAAUCAUUUUAAAGUGAUUUUUUUAAAGAAUGACAAAUU